AUGGCAUUUGCAGGGAUGCUGAGCGACGAGGACAUAAAGGCAGCAAUCCAGGCUUGUCAAGCUCCGGGCACAUUUAACUUCAAGUUGUUCUUUGAGCAAGUAGGACUAACUGGCUCAUCAGAGACUGAGGGAAGAAAAGUGUUUACAGUCCUGGACCAAGACAAGAGUGGAUACAUUGAGGAGGAGGAGCUCAAACUGUUCCUUCAGAAUUUCUCUCCGGGAGCGAGGGAGCUGACUGUGGCUGAGACCAAGACUCUGAUGGGUGCAGGCGAUAAGGAUGGUGAUGGCAAGAUUGGGAUGGAAGAGUUCUGUGAAAUGCUGAACUAGAUAAUAAACAUAUUUGAACACGACUGUCUUUCCCUAUUUUAAGAUAUCACUUCUCUAAUUGCAAUUCAGGUUUUCUAUUUCGUUUGAUGCAAAGAAACCUUGGAUGUUCUUUACCUGCCUGCUGCUCUUCCUAUUGAUGUGAUACAAUUAUGCAAACGAUGUGUGGUGGAGAGAAAGUUAAAGCUGGAUGUUAAAUGUGUGUGUGUAUGUGUGUUUUCAAUCAGGUACCUGGAAGGAUUUAAUAAAUGUGUUUAA